AGGUCGAGCGCAGCGAGGUGGAGAGUUUCGCCAAGGCGCAGGGCCUGAGCACCGAGGACGUGCGCUCGGAGUUCGCGGCGCUCGACACGAACGGCAACGGCGAGCUCGAGGAGACCCCGUGGGUUCGGCCGCGCCCGAGUGUGGAGAUCAACCGCGAUGGCACCGGCGACGCUGCCGCUACCCCUCCCGCCAUCGCCCACGGCGUCAGGAGGACGAGAUCCGCAGCACCCUCGAGCACCCCGCGCCCGCCGCGCCCGCGGCCGCGCAGCCCGCCGCCGCCCCCGCGGCGCAGGCAGCCGCGGUUCCGGCGGAGCCUGUGCCGGGCUUGCUGAUGGAGCUCAAGAACGUGCAGGCCGAGGCGGAGCUGCACGCCGGCAAGGCGCUGGCGGAGGUCUUCGCCCGCACCGCCACCAAGGCCCUGGAGGCCCGCAGCCAGGAUGCCAGCAAGGCCGAGAAGCUGGAGAAGGCC